AUUGUGCAUCAUCAAAAAAUAUGUAAUUUAAGCCUUAUAAACAUGCUACGAGUGACAGUAAUAUUUUCUAGCGAAAGACAACGAAGAUUGUCGGAAACUAAAUCGGAAAUCAGAGAUUACACAUUUAGCACGUGCAUCACACUUAAUGGCAGCCAGCCACUUUGGAGGAUGUCCUGACCGAAUCGUUGCGAUUAGGUCCGAAAGGGGUUAUUAGUUUCGUAAAUAUUCUUUGCCACUUAAACAAAUGUUUUUUUAUGAAAAAACAUAUAAAACAUAAAAUGGAAGUUAAUUUAGCAAUCAUGUAAUUUAGUUUAAUGAAUAAUGGAUUAAAUUGGAAAAUGCGCUGGAAAUGUAGAUUCUAAAACAAACCCCAAUUAACUCGCCCUUACGGAGCUCGUGAACUAUUUUCCACGAAUCUACACACCCUCGUACAUUUUUCAUUACUGAGUAAGCCGUGCUGUUUUAUUAUUAUUUGUUUAUUAAACUUUCCCCACCCCAAUUAUUUUAAAUCACAGACUGUGUUUUCAGAGGUGAAUUGUUUCCCAUAUUGCAUUUGGAUCUCUUACAAACACUAAGUUGAACCACAUUUGGAUUUGCCUAAACUGCACAUAUAAGUAAGAAGUUGUCAACAGUGAAACUUCAGGUGAGAAAUUUAGGAGCAGCCCCGUGUGUGCUGGUUGUUUCUUAAAUGUUGUAAGGAAGAGGAAAACCGCGUGGAGCUGGUGGAGCUGUAUCAAUAAAAUUUAACCAUGCUGAGAGUGAGGAUCUUGAUGCUGGUUUUUCUUCUCACUUCAUUGGUUCUAUACUUCGUUUGGAAUUCAGAUGCACCUCGUAGUAUGAAACCAUCUAAUCUCAUUUGGAAAGAGGACGACUUAUUACAUUCACAUCCCAUCACACUGGACAUAGAGUUAUUGAGACAGGCGUUUAUUCACAAAUUACAAGAAAUGAAGAGGAACAAAGCUUUGAAGAGAUUUGGGAACAGGCGAAAUUGCUCAGAGAAUACUUCACCCAAUACUGCGUGUGUGGACACGGCCUGUAAUUCAACUCUGCCACCAGCUACUAGUGAUGUAAAUUUUUGGAACGUCUUUAAGCCUCUAACUCGGGUCAAGGACGUUACUGGACGUCUCUCCGAAGCUCUGGGUCCCUACAGGAGCGCCAGUAAAGUUAUUUUCGUGACAGCGGCAUCCUCCAAUCACUUCAAGGAAUCACAGGCGCUCAUGAAGAACCUUCACCAGACAGUGUUUCCUCGUCUGAAGAACUACACGUUCUAUUUCUACGACUUGGGACUCACGUCAAAACAAAGGCAACAGGUGAUACAUCAACUUGCACAGUCAUUAUAUGGUGAUAAAAUUGUAGUAGUCUUGGUAUAAAGUCUUAGCA